AUGUAUCUCACAGCGACAAGGCUUGACAUUCUCUUUGCUGUUAGUCUUUUAUCGCGAUUUAUGCACUGUGCAAGUGUGAUACAUUUUAGGGCAGCAAAACGAAUAUUAAGGUACAUCAAAGGUACCAUCAAUUUUGGAGUCAAGUUUGAGAAAAAUCAAAGAUUCAAGUUGCAUGGUUUCUCAGAUAGUGAUUGGGGAAGAUCAAUUGAUGAUAUGAGAAGCACAUCGGGCUACUGUUUCAGUUUGGGCUCAAGUAUUUUCUCAUGGUGUUCAAAGAAGCAGCAAAUUGUAGCACAAUCUACUGCAGAAGCAGAAUUCAUAGCAGCUACAUCAGCCACAAAUCAAGUUUUAUGGUUGAAAAAGAUUAUGUGUGAUUUGCAAGAAGAACAAAAAUUUAGCAUUGAUGUUUUUGUUGACAAUCAAGCAGCUAUUGCAAUCUCCAAUAAUCCGGUAUUUCACGGGAAGACAAAGCAUUUCAACAUUAAGCUCUAUUUUUUGAGAGAAGUGCAGCAAAAGGGUGAAGUCUCUCUAGUCUACUGCAAGUCUGAAGACCAGCUAGCAGACAUCUUCACCAAACCACUUCCGGUCAGCAAGUUUGAAGUUUUAAGGCAAAGGAUUGGAGUGUGUAGUCCUUAA